AUGAACAUCUUUGAUUCUUCACUGAUAGUGAUCCCUCUGCCCUGUCCCACUUGUCUUCAAUCAAAGUUUGCAUCAUUCAGUGCCUGUUGUGAUUCAAGCAAGUCCUUUGGAGAAAUUCUUCCCAGUAAAGGACCAACAAAAAUGGGAAGACCGAAAGAUCAAAUGUUUUGGGAGCAUGUUGAGGGGAUAGAAGCAGCUUUUGAAGCAAUCCAAAGAGCAAACAAAAGACGUAAAACCAUGAGGAGUUCAAGCAUCAAUGAGGUGUACAAUCCAAUUUCAAAGCAACAAAAUCACGAAGUGGAAGACGAAGAAAGGAUGCAAAUGGAAGUUCAGGUCAUUGAACAAGUAGUGAGGGAAGCUGGAACUUGUUUUCUUUUUGAAAUGGAAGAUAAUGUAGAGAACCAUGUUGGACAAUCUGUGCAAUUUGUUGAGACCAAAGGAGAGAAGUUGUUGACAACAAAGUUAAAGGGCGAGGCGUUUGAAACACAUAUAAAGGAGAUCUGUUCUUGUUUAAGGGAUGCUGAUAAUGUCUCAAAGGUUGGCAUUUAUGGGAUGGGGGGAGUCGGUAAAACUGAAUUAGCGAAACAUGUUAAUAAUGAACUUUUAAGAACUCCCAGCCCAUUUCAUCAUGUUUAUUGGGUUACUGUGUCCCCAGACUUUAGCAUCCAUAAAUUGCAAGACACCAUUGCAAGAAUGGUGGAUCUAGACCUUUCAAGUGUGGAUGAUAAGCAUAUAAGAGCAGCCAGAUUAUUCGAGGUGUUGAAGGAUAAAAAUUUUGUUUUAAUUUUGGAUGAUAUGUGGAAUUAUAUUCCCCUUGAAAUGGUAGGAAUUCCAGAUAACGUGAAAAGUUGCAAGUUGGUUCUUACAACUCGAUCUUUAAAUAUGUGUCGAAAGAUGGAUUGCCAGAAGAAUAUCAAAGUAAAGCUUCUUUCAUUAAAAGCAAGUCGGGAGCUAUUUUUCCAGGAUUUGGGGUAUCAAAUAGUGCCUAGUCUAGAAAAGAUUGCAGAGUCCAUACUAUUAGAAUGCGAGGGCUUGCCACUUGGGAUUAAAGUAAUGGCAAGAAACAUGAAGCAAGUGGAUGACAUACAUGAAUGGAGUAAUGCAUUGGACAAAUUAAGAAGAUCAAUACCAGAGCAAGAGAAUUUGGAGAUAUUCAACGAAUUGAAACGUAGCUAUGAUUAUUUGAAUGAUCCAACUUUACAACAGUGUUUCUUAUAUUUGGCAUUAUAUCAAGGACUUUGGGAUUAUGAAAGAGAAGAAAUGAUCGAGUUUUUGAUUGAUGUGGAAGUAAUAGAAGGAGAAAGCAGGAGAGAAGAAUUCAAUGAGGGCCAUACCAUGCUCGACAAACUUCUAAAUCUUUGCUUGUUAGAAGAAGAAGAAGAAGAAGAUACUUACACAGUGAGGAUGCAUAACUUGCUUAAAAAUAUGGCCAUCCAAAUAAUGAAUGCAGAUGCACGAGUAAUUGUUAAAAAUGAUGAAGAGUUAUCUGAAAUGCCAGAGUGGGGAAACUGGUCAAAAGAUCUCGUCAGAAUUUCACUGAGCGGUAAUGAUAUACAUAAGAUUCCUUCUGGUCAUUCACCCAGCUGUCCUAAUCUUUCAACUGCCUUGUUGGGUAAAAAUAGGAAUUUGAGCUUGAUUGGAUAUUCUUUCUUCAAGCAAUUGCAUAGUCUCAAGAUGCUUGAUCUUUCUUGGACUGCUAUUGAAAAAUUGCCAACAUCGAUCUCUCAUUUGGUGAAUCUAAGCGCAUUAUUACUUAGAGGGUGUGAAAAAUUAAGGCAUGUGCCGUCACUAGCAGCACUUUGGGCAUUGAAGAAGUUGGAUCUCUAUGGUUCUGGAGUGGAAAAAGUGCCUAAAGGAAUAAAAUUGUUGUCCAAUCUCAGGUAUUUGGAUCUUCGUGGCACAAGAAUAGAGGAGUUGCAAGCAGGGAUAUUACCAAAGCUUUCCCAAUUGCGAUUCCUCCGCCUUGGCUUUUCCUUCACAGUUGAAGGAAAGGAAGUAGCAUCGCUGAGAAAGUUGGAAGAAUUGCAAUGCCGUUUCUAUGGUGUUGGUGAGUUGAACACCUUCGUGACUUGUAAACCUUCAACCGGUCAAACACGAUAUAGACUUCUUGCAGAACAAAGCGAAGACAUGGAAAGCGAUAUCAGCGAAGGAGGCAAUGCUCUAUCUCUCCCAACAGACGUCAAAUAUCUGAUCUUUUAUUCUUGCAAUAUUGAAAGCGGCAGCGUAUGUUUAGAAAAUGCAAUUGAACUGAAGUGCUUUGACAUUGAUGAUUGUGAGGGUCUAGAGUGUUUGUUUUCAUUGUCCUCCCAUUCUGUGCUUAAAAGCCUUGAGAUUAUACGCAUUGGCAAUUUGAAGGAUCUAUAUUUCCUGUUUGGUGAAGGAUGGAGGACGUUCAACGGGGAUAUUCCAUUAACAGUACCAUUAUCACCACCGCAUGUUACCUUUUCCCUUCUCAAAGAAUUUGAAAUAUGGAAUUGUCCAAGUAUGAAGAAGCUGUUCCCUCAGAGCUUGAUGUCAGACCUUCAAAAUCUGGAAGAGAUUUCUGUAAGAAAUUGUGUUAACAUGGAGGAGUUGAUAGCAUUGGAAGAAGGACAAGAAAGCUACAACAGCAAUAAUGGCAAUAGUUUCAUCUUUACUCUCCCGAAAUUAAGGAUGGCUAAACUGUUUGAUUUGCCAGAACUGAAGAGCAUAUGUAGUGGAGAAAUAGUCUGCGAUUCUCUCGAAACAAUUAAAGUAUGGAAUUGUCUAAAGCUUGAGAGGAUAGCUCUUUCUCUUUUCUUGCGUGACCAUAGCCAGCUGUCCCCUCUCCCUUCUCUCCAAGCUAUCAGCAUUUAUCCCAGAGAAUCGUGGGAGUUGAUUGAGUUUGACCAUCCUGACGCCAAGAAUGUCCUCUUACCCCUUUGCCACUUCUCUUGGUGCGAACAAAUUUUAUUUGAUGACGACAUCGGAGAUCACUUACUCCAACAAGGAUGGCCAGGAAGCCACUGUCUACAUUGA